UUCAGACCCAACCGUUAGUCGCCAUUUUGAAGAGCUCUACUGCCGUCACCGGGAUAAGACCGUUGUUGCGCAGCAGCAUUUCACAGCAUUUUAAUCAUUUUUGCCUAUAAAGGGAUCAAUGUCUCGAUUCAAUAAUAAUCGCGGUGGCCUCGGAAUGAAUAAUUUCCAGCAACGUAGAGGGGGCAUUGGGCCCGGCGGUCCGAUGCGGGGUGGUCUAAUGGGAAACCCCAAUUUCAGGAACCAUCCUUUCCAAAAUCAGAACCAAAUUCGAAGAGGACAGAACAACAACUUCAACAGACCGCUUAAUCAAGGACCACAGACUCCCCAGAAGCCACAGCCUAACCAGUCGCUUCCGAUUAUUCCUCCCCCAAGUCCUGGUCCGGCUCUCACCAUGAAAGGCCCGAUGCAGCAGCAGCAGCAGGAGAAACCGACAGCGGUCCCGGUACAGCCGCAGACAAAACCGACAACACCUACGCCUCAACCAAAGAUCCAGUCUCCCCCUCCAAAAGCCAUCGUGGCCUCCCCUCCACCUAACCAACCGAAUAAGGAGCAGAACCUCCCGCUGAAAUCCCCAGUAGGAAAUACUAACGGGCAGAAGCCCCCUCCACAACCAAGCCCUAAGUCGGUACCCCAACAAGGCCCAAAGCCAGGCCCUCACCAAGGCCAGAAGACGGGGCCGCACCAAGGAAUGAGGGGAAACCCUUAUCAAGGACAGCGAAUGGGGCCAUCACCAAUGAGGCCUAAACAGGAGCCGGAGAAGAUUAACAUAAAGAAUGCUACACCCGUGUCAGAUGGGAGCCAGGAUAAGGCGUUCAAGGCGACGCUCUCCAUGCUCCUGAAACCCGGCGAGAAGACGUACACGCAGCGGUGUCGUCUGUUCAUCGGAAACCUGCCCAACGACAUCACCGAGGACGAUUUCAAGAAGCUGUUCGCCAAAUAUGGAGAACCCAGCGAGGUCUUUAUCAACAAGAGCAAAGGCUUCGGUUUCAUCCGACUGGAGUCCCGGGCACUUGCAGAGAUAGCAAAAGCAGAGCUUGACGACACACCAAUGAAGAGCAGACCCCUGCGGGUCCGGUUUGCCACGCACUCCGCAGCGCUGUCUGUGAAGAAUCUGUCACCCUUUGUGUCCAACGAGCUCCUGGAAGAAGCAUUCGCUCAGUUCGGAAUGGUCGAGAGAUCCAUCGUCAUCGUAGACGAUCGUGGCCGCUCCACCGGCAGGGGCAUUGUGGAGUUUGCAUCCAAACCUGCAGCCAGAAAAGCCCUGGAUCGGUGCAACGAGGGUGUCUUCCUGCUCACCACGUCACCCCGACCAGUUGUUGUUGAGCCCCUUGAGCAGUUUGAUGAUGAGGAUGGUCUUCCAGAAAAGCUCGCACAGAAGAAUCCCAGAUACCAAGCAGAGCGUGAGGAACCUCCCCGCUUUGCUCGGCCUGGCACUUUUGAAUACGAGUACUCCAAGCGCUGGAAGUCCCUGGAUGACAUGGAAAAGCAGCAGAGGCAACAAGUGGAGAAGAACAUGCGCGAAGCCCGUGAGAAGCUGGAGAGCGAGAUGGAGGACGCGUUCCACGAGCACCAGGCCAACCUCCUCAGACAAGAUCUGCUGAGAAGACAAGAGGAACUGCGACGCAUGGAGGAGGUGCACAGCCAGGAGAUGCAGAAGAGAAAGGAGAUGCAGAUUAGACAAGAGGAAGAGCGCCGGCGACGGGAAGAGGAGAUGAUUCGCAAGAGGGACAUGGAGGAACAGAUGCGCCGCCAGCGUGAAGAGAACUACCGGAUGGGAAACUACAUGGAUAGGGACCGAGAGAUGAGAAUGAAUCCCGGUGGCGCUUUGGGUAUCGAUAUGCCCUUUGGUGGAGCCAACCAGAAGUUCCCCAUGGGCGGACUGGGUUUUGAGGGUCAGAAGGGAAUGGGACCAUCCGCAGGAGGCCUUAUGGGCAACGAAAUGCGCAACGAGCGCUUUGCCCAGGGCGGUCCUAGGGGGAUGGGUCCUGGUAACCCUGGGUUUGGCAGGGUCCGCGAGGAGUUUGAUGGACCUGCUAAGAAACCCCGCUUUUAAAAUGGCUGCCCUUUUGAUGCUCCAAGCAGCACUAUUUUGUAUAGAUUCUCCACAAAAACCCUGUUGAGACUCAUUUCUUCUAUUUAAGUUUAAAUUGUUGCUACAUUUUAGCCUGACAAUUUGCUCAUUUUAUGACAUUCAAUUUUUUCCCCUUUUUUUAUUUUGUAUUGUCAGUAGUUUGGAAAGAUGGGACACCAUAGUGUGAUCUUUAGUUCUUUCUGAUCCAUGUAUAAUUUUCUUUUCUAGAUGUAUUAUGCUCUGUGAGUCGCCGUGAACUGAUAACUGUAACAUUUCUCUACCUUCUAUGGCUGUGUUUUGUGCCAUACGUCUGGAGUAAGCAUGUAUUAUAAUAAAGAGACAUUGGUUAUAUCAGGGCAAACGUUAGCAUUCAUUCCGAAGAUUGAGACGUGCAGUAAAGGCAACCAAAUACCAACAUUUGACUAUUUGAAAGAAAUGCGGAUACAUCUACCACAGUAGUUCUUAAAGGGUCUAUGUGUUAUAUCUGUCGCGGUCCUUCCUUAUUUUGUUCUAACACAGUCAGGCAGUAUUUUCCAUGAAAAUGGAUGUUCAUAAUACUACUGACAGUGGAGUUAAGCUAUGAGAUAGCUUGAGAUAUUUAACUUUUGCUAGGUCAGCACUAAGAAUGUUUGAAGCCAUCCAGGAGACGCCAUUUAUUCGCAGCUCACAAAGCUAUUUUAUUGAAAAGCGAGGUUCCCCCCCCCCCCCCCCCCUCCCCCCAUUGAAGCUUAAAUCCAUUAUUCGCAGAUGUCGUGUUUGACCAAUUUCAAUUUGCUUUUAGUAACUCCACUUUUACCGUCUGUCUUCGGGAAAACAGAAAUACAAUGCAUAGAUCCUUUAAGAAGCUGUGUGUGUCCAGCCAUGUGGACAGAUUCUUCUAAUAAUGACAUUGCGUGUGUCUUGUGUUUGGAGGUUGACUACGUUUACAUGCAGUCAAAGAUAAAAUGUCAAACUGGCCCAUUGCCGUAGCAUCUUUGAUAAAUUAACAACCCAUUUGCUUCAAUCGAUGUUUUGUGAUCAUUUAUAUAAGACAAUCCUGUUAGCGUUUGAGUUGCAGUUCUGCUUUUGGCUUGGAAAUCUAAAUACAACGAACCCUUGUACUUUACUGUGUACAAACGCACCCUGUAAUACAACGUUAACUGGCAGUUGUACUUCAACAAAUAAGCACAAUGGGUACACAGUUACUGUGUAAUGUGUUGGCCCAUGUCCCCAGACAUACUUUUACUUUUUAUUUAAUUAAACCAUAUUAGCAGUUUGCUUUGAAUACAUAUUUGAUACUCAUAUUUUUAUCAUCCUUCUCGUACACUUUGCUGUGGCUGGGCGGCCUGGUGAAGACAACAUACAAUGGUGCUAGUACGCCAUCUGUAUUUGUGGCGUACAUUCGCAGAUUAGGGUCAUAAUUUCAGUUUCCUAAUGCCUCCUCGGACAGAGCCUUUGCACACCUGCAUGUAAACGUAGUCAUACAGUUUAAACCCAUUUUUCUAACGCAAUACUUUUAUGACCAUACUUCAGUGGCAUUUGUCAGCAAGAGCAAAACUGCAUUUGCAUCACUGCCAAAAGGCUCAUUUGAACAUGCAUUGUGGUACGUUUUAUAGUCAUAACCACUAUAAACUAAAGCUUACAAAUGUGUUCAAUCAAUGGAUGAUAAUGACAACCCUUACAUAUUUCUCCCCAAAACAUUAGUGGGAAUUUUCUUUUUUUUUACCAUUUAUGCAUCCAGCAUUUUUAGAGCAUGAUAUCAGGUUGUCAAAUCCAGGUAACAAAGUAUAAAUAUGUAAAGAACGCUAUGACGAAGUAUUGGACCAGUAACCCAGUUUGUCCUAGUGGGGUAAACUGCAUCGAUCAGGCUCGUACCUUCUUUCGUUUUUUGACCAAGACAUCAGGACCGUUCAGAUCUUCCCCUUUUGUGAACUCAUUCCUUUCACAUCAUUACAGAAGACUUUUUAUUGGUUUGAAAACUCUUUUCUGUUUUACACAGAAUUCGGUUGGAUAAACCCACAUGGCUGUGGUAGAAGUCCUUUUUCUAGUUGAUUGUUGCCAAUGGACGAGCUUUCCGGUGUCGCUCGUACACAGCGACUCUCGUGCUUUUGUUAUCUUCCUCAGAUCAAGUUUCAGACCCCACUGGGUCAUACCAUUGAUUGGCAUGCAUUCAACAGGAGCCCAUUGACCUCUUUUCUGCUUUUCAGGAGACAUGUGUUCACUUUAGUUGCCUAGAAGUCAUUUGUGGCAAUAUUACCAGACACAUGUAGCCCAACACUGAACUAUACAGAACGUCCUACCUAAUUAGAUUUGUGCCUUUAAAAGCAGGAAAUAAUAAUGGCAUAAUUGGUUUAGAAUCACAAAAUUUGUUUUGGCUUUUGAUGGCAGGAUACCCCUUGUGUUGACUUUUGGGUCACAGGUGGUAACUGAACUAAAUUGAGGCCUGCUGGUUAAAGAAAAUGCCAAAUUAUUUGACCCUUUGUAAAAACAAGACGUUUUGAACCGUGCACUUGAAAUGCACAUUUCUACUCUGCUCCCACAAGCGGCCGCUUUUCUGACCUCACUCUGGAGUCAAAUGGACACAGGUUUGCAUCUGCAGAUGAUUCUCAAAGUUGUGUGGUAGGAGAAGAUGGGAUUGGCUGUAAAAGUGAGUGUAAGUAUUCUUGUAUCAAUUUCAACUCUGUAGAUCUAGUCUUUCAUUUAACUUUAAUAGUUUCACCUGACUGUUUUUUUUUUUUUUUUUUUUGAGAAGAUGAAGAUGAAGCCACAGAAAUAGUAGUGGAACGGACAUUCCCAUUCAAUCCAUCUUGGAUGGUGGUCGCAGCGGUGGCUACUUUCAUACUUCUAACUGUUAUGUUUUGCAGUCAAGUAUCAACUUUAAAAAGCGUAGACAUUUGAAAUAAUAACUCCACCACAGUUUGAAGCUUCUCCCAGCUGGUGGCUAGCAGCAGCAGCAGCAUUGGCCCUGAAGCAAAAAGGCCCUAAUGACUGUCACCAUAACGACCAACAGAAAUCACCUUUUUUGUUUUUGUCAAUGAAUGCAAAGCAGUUGAAUGUCCAUUCCACUACUAUUUUAUUUCUAUGGUUGGCACACUAUCAUUAUUUUUCCUGGCGCUAGCUCCAUGAACAGUGGUGUAAUUAUUUGUAGUUGGAUAAAAAGUGUCCGUGCAGCAGCACAGCUUUUGAUACGGUUUGUUGUAUGCUUACCCUUUUUAGAUGAGUAAAAACAAUAAGUGAAGCCACUUUAGUGCUCUUUGGCUGUUCUUGAGAACAUGUGGACCCUGUUACUGGAAUGACACCAUGCAUCCUGUGUAAUAUUUUUUAAAACAGUUUGCAAGACAUCAACAAACAUGCAAAGUAUGAUAAUGUCCCUGCACAAUAACAAAAGAUGUAAUGCUAUUUAAGUUCUUGACUAAAAAGGUAUUCAAAUACAUCAGUCCUCCCCACCCUGUCACCUCAAAAGCCACAAUACAAUGAUCAAUAAUUGUACAUUGUGGAUAUACAAUACAUAGAAAUGUGCAUACAUAUAAAACACUGAUUUCCAGUGAAGAUGGUUACAAACAUGAAAUAGUCCUAACAAUGCUUAUUACAUCAAUGAUAAUCAUCUGUGCCAAUAUUUCUUUGGCCUUUUGCUCUUUGUAUGAACUUCAAAGUGAAGCAUUUCCCAUUUCAGUUGUUCAAUGCUGAAAAGCCGGUGUUCAGGGGGCUUUAAAGUUCCUGAGAAUAUUUAUCUAGUGGCCUCAUCCCAUCCACAUUUCCAACAACUCACAGUAUCCUUUUAGCCAAGUCUCUAACCUGUCAGCGUGCAACGGUAACAAUGCAAAAUGUUACAUUGCUACAAAUUUAAGCCCUUUUUUUUCCCUCCAUCACAAGCUCUUCCUAAAUGCUUUUCAGGGCGGCCGUGCUUCCAUUUCUCCGUAGGACAAUAAUCACUUAUAGCAUUUGAAAUGCAUUUUGUCCUUCGCAUUUUUGCUGUUGUAAAAAGUAUCCACCACCAUGUGGCAUCCGAGAACCCUGAAAAACACCUGCAAUGGCCGCGAAAAAGAGGACUCCACGUACUGGUAAUAGAAUUGGAUGUCAUGGAGUAUUCAUCUGUAAUAAUACGUGUGUUAUGUACAUUGUUUUCUUUAACAGGUUUGACCAGCUUUAAGGAUUGUGGACUGUGGAGCAAUUUGGCUGUAUAGGGUGGAAUCAGGAAUGAUACUGAUUUUAGCUUCGUGGCAAUCCUCACAAAAAAUGUUCUAACCCUCAGAUCAAAUUUAACAUGAACUUUUUUUUUUUUUUUUUUGGAGAACAUAACUAAACUGCAACUCGAUGGAUUUUCAGGAGCUUUUCCAAUCUGUUGCAUAUUCCAUGAGCCAUGUAGCCUCAGCUAAACGUCCUAACCUUCUGCCAACUUACUUUUGCUUACUUAGGUAUUUAAGCAGUUGGCAACAGCGAAUGCCUACAUUCGGCAGUCAUGUGAUCCAAUAUCUAUGAUGGCAUGCUGUAGUUGCAUCAUUCUGUUGCGGGAGUGAAAGGACCCGUUGGUGCUACAGCACUACUUUGGUCUUGGUUGUUUAAAUCGGUUACUUGGAAAUGUUUUCAUCGAUCAUUUCCUGUCAACCUAAAUUCGAUUGCUUUACAUUUGAACACAUAGCGCUAUGUUGAGCUUUUUGCUCAAUACCGAUUUUACUGAAUUGAAGCGGAGUGCAUCAGGAUGUGCACAUCGAUCCGUUAACCAGCUGCUAACAGCUCUUCAAACAUUUGUUCCAAUGUUGCGUUUUCAGGGACAUCUACUGUCCAUGGGACAUCUUCUGCUGUUCAUGGGACAUCUUCUACUAUUCAUGGGACACCAUCAGUCUUGAGCGCUGACCAGAAAAAUGAGUACUGCAAGGCUUACACGAUUUAGCAGUCGACUAUCUACCGACUUCUUUGCUUCUCUUGACAUCCCUAUAAUGGAAUCAGAUUACAACGACUCUCUGAACCAAUGCUACGGUUUGAUUUUUAGAUAUUAAUCCAACCAAGAAAGCCUUUUCCAUUUACCUUAAGAAGUUCAGCCCUGAUAGUUGUUCCAUGUGGGAUUUUUUGAUCACUAGAAUCCUGAAUAAAUUAUUUUAAGAAUUAAAGACAGAUUUUCCAAGCUUAGGUCUUUGGUGCUUUAUUCCUUGAGACGUUUCUCACCAUAUGAGGCUUUACGAAGGCGGGAAUCUCAACAAAGCCCCCAGUUGUUCACUUAUGUAGUAUUCCUUUCGAGAUUGAUGUUUUAACGAUUUCCUGAUCGAUAUGUUACCUUUGGAAGGGAUUUUGUCACUUGGGUUAUGACAAAAAUAACCAUUGGUAAUGCACUCUGAUAUUAAGGGCUAAGAAAUGUUUUAAUACUAAUCUUAAAUCAGCCAUGUGCUUUUCUGUGCAGUCGACUGCACAAGUAUUGACUACUUUGCUGGUCCAAUGGAUGUUCUCAUCGGAGCAUCCUGCAAAAUAGUGCCCUUAUCGACCAACGUUUAAGACUUGUAUUGUUAUGUCUGUGUUGUGUACAAUUUGUUUUUCUUUAACAGGUUUGGCCCUCUUUAAAGGUGUUGGACUAAGAAGGAACGUUCCAAACCAAGAAAUUCAAAGUCUGUAGCUUCUUCGCCUAUAUUGACGAAACACACUCACUGUGGACCAAAAGGCAUUUCUUCUUUUUACUAUAACUUCUGAUAAUAGGAGGUGGCUCUGGAGAUUGUAUUUUGUGACGUUGGCGUUUUGUCUUGCGCAAGACUGAAGUUACUUAGGUUUAUAAGAUGGAAAUCAAACCUUACACAUUGACAUUUUUGCUUUAUAGUUGAAGUUGUUUGACAUGUGCAAGCACAUUUAACACAGUUGCUUCAUUACAUUUUUUGAACCAAGGUGUUCCUAAUGACAUUUUACUCUUGGACAUUUUCAAACCAAUGUCUUGGAUCAGUAUAUCUAGGUAUUGCCAAUGCAUCUUUUACUUGUUGAAGUGAAGAAGGCAACAUAAGAUUUGACUGUUAUUUAGAAGACCUGUUGUGAGUGUUUAAGGUAGUGCCAAGCUCACUUCAAAGGAUUCAACAAUGAUUUCCCUUAUUGCAGAUACGUUUAGAUUUUAUUGUAGUUUAACUGGCAACCGAAUCCUUUAUCAAAAACAGGUCAUAUAUGUUUAAAAGUUGGCACAGUAACUAGUUUAAAGUUCAAAACAAGGAUGCAUCGCAGCACAUUUUAUGGCAUUGUGAGAACGUUUAAUUUACCUUUUUGUGGAGGCUAAUUGAAAGGCAGUGGGACACAAAUACACAUUAAAUCUGCUAGAUGUCCAGAACAGUGAUGUCACUUUUCUAACCAACACACUGAAGGAAUCACUGGAUUACAUCAAAGCUUUGACAUGACAUUUUUAAGAGAACUUCAUUGUGUACAGACAGUUUGGGUCAGCGUUGUUCCCUAAUGUUGACCUGGUGCCAGGGGGUCAUGACUAACACCCUAGCCUUAACGGUGUCAUGCCCAAGGAGAAGACUUGUUAAAGACUCACCAUCCUGACCCAUGAAGCUUCACUAGUAGACCUGACAGACCUCCCAUUCACCAGGCGGGAAGUCCCAUGUGCCCUAACCAGUUGAAGAGAGGAUGGCGUGCCGUGCCCGUGUGUGUGUGUGUUUCAUGUCCUUUGGCUAAAUGCGAGGGUGCGUUAGCUGCUGUCAGCCAGCUUGUCAAAGACGAGCUGCCCCAGUCCACAAUAGAGGCUCUUCUCUGCAGUUGGGUUACAUUGGCGAUGGGUAGUUCUGCAGAAGUCAGUGGACAGUAAAGCCUGGACUUGUUUGCACUGCAGCCAGAGAGGUAUGCUUACACAGAGCCACAGAAACGAGUAAGGUAAGUGUCCAUCCAUGUUUUAUUAUACAAGAUGCACAGUUGUUGUCCCAUGACUUAACGCUUCUCUCUGUCCUCUCUCGCGCCGUGCCACUGCUCUAUAGUGAUGCUCCACAGGGCUUCUGGCAUCACACUUGCAAUGAAUGGCAUCACAGUGCAGAAUCCAGUCCUUCAAACCUGUGUGCGGAAAAUGGUGACGCGCCGUAGCCCAUGCAGUGUGUGUGUGUGUGUGUGUGUGUGUGUGUGUGUGUGUGUGUGUGUGUGUGUGUGUGUGUGUGGUUUUAGUACGGAUUUCUCUGUAUGCAUGUGUGGUCUGCUGAGUCAGUGAUCCGACGCUGCAGUUUGUGACCAGUGUGGUUGGAUGCAGUGCUGCUGUCGGUGGAAAACUUUUUUAAAAAUACAAUUACCUUGAUGAAAUAGUGAUAAGCUUUGGUAUAGGCAGGUUGUGUGCAACUAUAACCAGAGAGUAAUUGUCAAAUUACUGAAAAACCCACCUCAUUGAUGGCCUUUUCCACUCCAAUGCUGUGACAUUUUUUUUCUUUAGUUUUGUGUUUAUGCCUCACCUCUUAAUAUCUUUAAUACUUUGUGCUUUCUGGGGGGGACAAACCUUUUUAAUGCUAUUUAGUUAUAAUUCUAACUACAUCUAGUAGCUUGUUAUCUUUUAAAAACAAUAGCACACUUGUUCAUGCUGAUCUUUGUUCCUCAUUUAAUGUUAAAGGGCAGUAGUCGUAAUGUGAAUCCCAACCAUAGUUAUGAUAUAAAAUAUCCAAACAAUUUAAAGUGGGUAAAGUUAGCACUUGUGCAUCAACCCUGCUGACUGCUCCAUCUGUGGACUCCUUUGUGAAAGCUUGGUUCUGGGUCGGGCUGUCUAUGCCGCUUUCAGGUCACAUGCUGCUCUGGAGGUGAUGUGUGAUGAUGUGAAUCCCAUGUCAGGCAUCCUGUUUUUGUAUUCCUCUGCUGUUGGGUCCUUGGAUCUCAGCCAUUGCAACUAAAAUAUGCUCGCAAACUUUGCCUGCAUAUUUUAUUCUUUCCCUUGAGAAUCUCAUAAAUUCCCAUGUAUUAAAACAAGUUCAUAAACUUUGAAUUUCUACACUAGCAAAUUAUUCCCAAAUAUGUGAAUGUGAAGUUGUUUUUCAGUAAGAUUCUAAUUUUCUAAACUUGGUCAAAAUAGGUCUCAAAAUAAAAAUGUAGUUUUUAGAUGUAGUGCAUCUUAACCUUUUCAAAGGAUACCUUUUUCAAUAUCCAUUGAAAUGUAACCUCCAUAAAUGCAUUUAAAUCAGCCCGUUUUGGUCCUGAUCUUUAAAGCGUUUCUUCACCAUCGCUGGUGUACGCUGCACUGUCAGCAUACUUUUAAUAGAGUCUAAAUGUAAUUUAUUUAUCCAUUAUAUUUCCUGUUAACUUUAAUCAAACCUGCAUGGGUACUAUGGUUCCUCCUUUGAACUUACUCCCUUUAAGCAGUGAAACCUGUUAUCAGGAAUAAUGUGGAAGCUAAUCUCGACCAAGACGCCAACUAAAUGUGUCAAACUUUGCCAAAGGCGUCAAAACCCUUACUGUGGGUCAGGCUAUACAACACUUCGAUCGAUGGGAUCUUGGUAGUUGGUCCUGUUGAACUAGUUCAAUCUUUAUUUUAAAAGUUUGCAAUGUUCCUAGUAUGAAGUUUGUGUUUUGCAGUGGAGUAAUUUCCUCUUGUGUUGCGUAUCCAUCACAUGUACAAGUUGUAACACCCCUUCUAGAUUACUGUGAUGUUUCCCUCUUGAGUAGAGCACCCCAGUGAAAAUAUAAACUACACUUUGAAAAUGCUUGCUCUAAAUCCUGUGGUUAGUAAGAAAUGGAAGGAAUGUAUCAACCUUUUCAGGUGCUGGUUGCUUCAGAUCCUUGGGAAAGGAAGGAGGAACAAGGCGACAUGUGUAGUUCUUGGGUGGGAGAACCACUUUGCAGCAGUGCCCGACUCGAGCGCUCUCCUUUCCCCUCUCCUCUCAGUACCUCUCGCUGCUCCAUAUUUUAGUCUUUCUGUUUGAACCUGAAUGGCCUGUCCUGCUGCUGACCAGCCAGUCAUGGUGAGAGCACAUCACCACUGUGGCUUUUUCCUCUACUUCACCUUGUGCGUGGACAUUUCUUUGUAGCCGCAAGCAACUGUGGCGGUUCUCCUUGAUCCGGAGGGAACCCCGCUGUGUUCAUGGGUCGAGCCGCGGAGGCAUAUCUAGAUGUAUCUGUCUGCACUGUGAUCCAUUCUCUAUCCCGUUUCAUUGGUCCUGAUGCCACAGGGAUAUUCUCUUAUGUCCCGCCUUUUUGAGUGUGAUGCCAGAACAACCCUUUUGGCCUCCAGAUGGCCUCGUCUAAAAAGGGCAAUGCCUAAAGUCUGCACGACUUCCACAGGAAAUGACCAGGUCCACUUCUCUACGAGCCUCAUGGUGCCGCUCCGAGCUCUGUGUGGGCUCUUUAUUUUUUUUUUGCAGCAACACUCCUCCUGAUGUGUCGGAAGUCCAGCUUAACGUGGCUUUGUAACAGAAUUACCGUCCCAGUGGUUCGCAAAUGAUCCGAACAUUGUCACGAGUUUGUGCCAUCUCAAACAGCCUACUCACAGGAUGCAGAGACGCAUUUUCAACACGACCACAUAAAACAUGUUUGUACUUUUUCACAUUUACAUUGUAAUGCAUGUUGACAUUAUAACACCAUGACCUAUAAAGUUUUUUUGUUUUUGUUUUAAUAAUCAGUCACUACACACAUACACACACACCAUUUCUCUCUCAAAAUAGUAAAUAUAACAAACCAAACCGUUCCAGUAGAAACCUGCUGACCAGUACACUGCCAGAUUCUCAUUGGUUGUUUCUCGCCACAGGAGCCUCGAGCUGCCGAAGGAGGCUGAGAACCGUCAGCGCUGAACCGGGUAAAAUGAAGAAAGUGAUUAAAAAUGCCAGCGCUGCAGGAGAUGCUUCAUGUGCACUGCCGUGUUGCCAGGGAUAACCUCCAUGUUAGUUCCUAGCUGCGUGUUGUUGAAAUGACGCAGUACCAGGAGGCGUCCAGCAGGAGGACAAGCAGCUCGCAGUCCAGAGGGAUGCUCUGUUUUGUUUUGAAGAAUAAUAAAUGAUACAUUAAACCGA